CUCAACUGGUAGCUGCAAAAUCUAUUUUAGCAAGAGGCUUCAUGUGUCGUCUCCAAGUGGACUUAGUUGAUAUGCAUUAUCGACCAGAUGAAGCCAAAGAAGUAGCAGGUUUUCUUUUUGAACUUUUCAUUGCAUUUGGACCUCUAACCAUUCUACAAACUGAUAAUGGAAAAGAAUUUACGGUACAAAUCAUUAGAAAAUUAACUGAAUUUUGGCCAACUAUUCGAAUUAUAAAUGGAUGUCCAAGACAUCCUCAAUCUCAAGGACUAAUUGAAUGGGCUAAUGACGUACUUCAACAAAAGCUUUCAAAAUGA